AGCUGGAGACUGGCGGGCAUACUUUGGGACAUGGCAAACAGAGGUGCUUGGCCAUACAGUUCUCCUCAACACGUAGAGACCGUCUUUAUGUUAGUUAGAGAUGUCUAUAUGUAGACCAGCUCUGCCCGCCCUCUUCUUUCUGCGCUUCCAUCAUCAGACUUCCAACACCAUUCGUACCUUUUCCAAGUCCAUAACCCACAUUGAGCCUCUGCAUCAACGUCCACGUUCCCAUCUCGUUCCCAGCCUCUCCGGCUUCCACUCAAGCCAAGAUGAAGCUCAAGACUACGUUGAUUACCGCUGUCCUGGCCACCCACACAGCCAGCGCCUUGCCUACUACUGGCGGAGGCAAUGUGAAUGAGAAGACCGCGUUCAACCAGCGUCUUGAACAGGAGAUGCUGAACAACGCCCAGUCGUCUUCGGGAGUACUAUCCCGCGACGAGUCUUGGGUCUCUAAGGGGCAGGUUGAUUCUAAGCUUGCCGACAGCGCCUUUCGGAGUGGGAUGGCCAUCCGCGUCAUCCAGACAUCGACAUCCCCACCGGCUCCCUGGGAUGUUGCGGAAACACCCACAGCUAUACCUGCUCUCUGGGAUGAGGACAGCAAGUUGCCCUCGGUUCAGCAGAGGUCACACAUACCCACGCAUCCGGAGGACGGAGGAAAACAGUUGGUCAAUGCUGUUGGGGUUCACUCCGAGCUCCAAGCCGAACAAGGCCCAUCCACCCGCGGGGUGGAGGAUGCCAACAUGGCACGCAAUCCCCUCCCAGCCUCCGACAUCAGCCCGGCCACAUCGAGAAGGAUGGGCAAUGCUCGGAGCGCGAGGGACAACACUGCGACAUCUGCUUCUUCGGAAAAUCAGCAACCCGGCUUGAAGUCCACGGUCCGCGAGCUCCUCAGGGCCUUGGUCCACGGCAAGGAGCAGCACCAGCAGCACCAACAGCAGCACGCCGCCCAGGAAAAGGGAGUCCACGACCGGGUGCGUCUGGCGGCGCGGAACCAUGAGAUGUCUCACAAGGAAGCCCAACAGCAGGGGUCGUCUGAGCCUUCCAUCGGAGUCCGUCAGAUGUCGCUGUCAAGCGGGAAUAGUAAGGCCAUGACCGGCAUGUCGCAGGAUGCGAUGAGCCAAAACCAGGAGGAGAAGCAGGAGGUUUCCUCCUCGGGCUACCUGAACCCCCGUAGUGCACGGCAGGUCGGGGAGGGCGAGCGAAUGAGGGGAUCCCAGUCCGAGCUGAUGGACUGUGUUGGAGCUGCCGGGGACGAUAUCAACAAAUGCUACUAA